UUGUUUACCCCGGUUUACUCCAGUUUACUCGUCGACGGAAACCCCUCGCGAUCACCGGCGGGAAAGCGGGCGGGAAGAUGGGAGGAUCCGGCGACCCGAGAGGAACCGUCCGCGACUUAUCGGCAGACCAGCGUCCUCGUACGACGGCAGGACGGAGGUAACUUUUUUUCCCCUCUCGUGUACCGCGCCGUGCGACGGCACCGCGGCGUGCGUUGACUCAUACCUGUUCGUGCCCGCACAUUCCGAACGUGUAACUCAUAUUCACGCGCCGCGCUAUGCCGCGGCACGCAACGUGACGCGGUAACGCAGCGUGAGAAUCGCCGACGCGGCGUCACACGACGAUGAUCGCGCUCCUCCUGCUCUUCUGCGGCGCUCAUCUCGCGAGCGCUCUGCAGUACGAGGGUUGCUUCGACAGCACCAGCUACAAGCUACCCGACUCGGCUCUGGCGUACGCCGAAUCGCCCGACGAUUGCAUCGAAAAAUGCCGCUCCCAGUAUUACAUGUUCGUGGCGCUGGCGAACGGGCAGCAGUGCUACUGCCUCAGCAAAUUCGGCCAGAACGGCAGAGCGAAUGGCUGCGACGUCUGCAUAUCCGACAGGACGAAGGCAACUCCCGACAACUACUGCGGCAGCUACAAAGCUAUGAGCGUUUACGCUACCGGUCAGCAAGGACCGAGUCCACCGAGGGAAGUAUCGGUGAUCGAGGAGCAUAAAGAUGCUCUGAGAAUAAUAUGGCAGCCGCCGGACAUGCCCAAUGGAAAAGUGACGUUUUAUACUAUCCGCGCCGUCGUCGUGAAGACCCACUCGAGCAACAUCCUGCAGCCUAUCGAGAUUCAGAUUCAAGGGGGCGCGUCGAACAUGACGACUCUGAUAGGUCUCCAUCCUGGCACCAAGUACAACGUAUCUGUUACCGCCAGCAACACGCAGAGGCUCGGCAAUUCGACUUACAUCACCGCGUGGACCCUGAUUGGCCCCCCCGACAAGCCGGCCAUGCCCCAAGUGAUGGAACGCGGAGACAGCACGAUUACCGUUAAGCUUACCGAGGGUCACAGCGAGUACGGACCGAUCAGCACGUACCAGGUUGUCGUUGCGCAGGCUGGCUCGAUACCACCGACCGAAUCCGACGUCGAGUACGUAAACUACGACAGCGCGACGCAGCAGGGCUUGAAUUAUUACGUUGCCGCGCAAUUCGACCCGUCCGACUUUCACAAAUACAAACAGUUCACCGUAGGCGACGGAAAGAUGCACGGUGGUUAUCACAACGUCCCGUUGAAAGGCCAGUAUGCUGCCGCGCAGGUCGGCCUGGCGGUAAUCUCGCGGGAAGGCCUGCACGUACAACGUUCCUAUUCCAACCUGGCCAAUAACGUGUUCCGCGAGGAGACGGCAGCCACGAGUCGAAUGGACUCGACCGUUCUUGUGCUCUGCAUAGCGAUCACGCUGCUGAGCAUAUUACUCGCCGUUGCGAUUGUGGUGUACUUUGUGCUGCGACGGCGGCACGAGAGAUUCCACAUGCGGAAGCUGCCGGAGCAGCAGGAGCUCACGUUACAAGGCCCAGUGUACGAGGUGGACAAUAUAGGCUACAUCCCGGACGACAUCCCCGAGAGAGUGAAUCACUACCAGGAGCUGAAGAAAAAAGUCUGGAGCAUACCGCGGAACGCCCUGUCCGUCGACAGUCACGUUAUGCGCAGAGGGCGAUUCGGCAGCGUGCACACCGGGACCGUUUUGAAGGACGACGGGUCCUGCCUGGUGACGGUGCACACCAUAGCCGACGGCGCCCUGAAGGGAUCCGACAAACGGCACAUGCUGAGAGAGUUGGACGUGUGCAUCCGUGCGGGCUCCAUGCAGUAUCUCGCGGGCCUCGUGGGAACCUGCGAGACCACCGACACGUUGUACGUCGUGAUGGAGCUGCCGCCGCAGAUCUUGAAGAACCGCCUGUUGGGCGCGCGAUCGGGAGACGUGUUCCCGGUGGAUCGGAUACUGUCCAUCUCGUCCUCGAUCGCGGUUGCCCUGCAAUACCUGGCGAGUCACAAGAUCGUCCAUAAUCGCCUCUGUGCGCGAAGCGUGGGGCUGACGGGCGACUGGACGCCGAAGCUUCUGGGUCACGGUAUCGGCAAGUACGCCUUGGAGGACGUAAAGUACGCGAGGUGGACGGCCAUCGAGUGCUUCGACAAUCAGAAGAAGCAUCAGCCGGGCGUGAUAUGGGCGUUCGGCGUGCUUCUCUGGGAGAUGUUCAGCAUGGGCGGUACACCGUACUCGAGUUUGACGCUCGACAGCGACGUGGAGGACGCGGUUACGCGAGGCCUGCGGUUAUCGCAACUGCUAGACGUUCCGGACCCGAUUUACGAGGUCAUGUCGUCCUGCUGGCGAGACGAUCUCGAAGAGCGGCCGACGUACGAAGAGCUCACACGAUUGGACACCUUGAGUAUUUGUCCUAUUACGGCAAUCACGGAGCCCUACCUGCCGGAAUUGGAGUUGAAUUAACGUUCUUACUGGCGUAUCUUUAAGCAUAUCUGCAUUUACUUACGAAACUUGCAAACUGUGGCGAAGAUUGUAAAUAUCUCACUGUGUUCACGGAAUCUCAUAGGUUUUAUCGUUACCAAUGUAUGUACGCAUAUGUUUAGGUGGCAUAUCUGCAUUUCAUCUCUGGCAUCCCAAACUUAAAUCUUAUUAUAAUAAUGUAAGUAACGUAAGGUAGAUGUUGCGAGAGCAUUCGUACUAAUUCCGUCCAUGUUUAGUGAUGAAUAACUUAGAUUAGUAUGUAAGUAAUGAAGUAAGAUAUAAAAGAUUAUAUUUAAUAUAGUAGAUAUAAUGCGUCGAACAUUACGGUA